ACACAGAGUAACACACAGACAGAGGGAGUGAAAGAGAUAACGGUUUGGAGAAGCACUGUGACUGUGACUGGGCUUUACCUGGUGUCACACAAUGAGUCUCCCUGACACGGAGGUCCUGGAUUUCAAGACGCCUAUGGAAAAUCACAAAACCCUGUUCAUCUGGAACAUUCUUCCCAACCGAUCCGAAGAGGCUGUGUAUGAUCUUGUGUUCAAGGCGUUCUCCGCACUGGGGUUGUUGUACCUGGUGCGAGUCUUCAGGAAUGCUGCCGGCUGUCAGCCAGGUUUCUAUGCUGUUGUCAAGUUUUACUCGGGCUCGGAUGCCACCAGGGCCCGGGAUGCCACCCAUGGACGAUGCUUGUUCCAAGAAGUGCCUUUGAAGGUUCGCAUAUGCACAAAGCAGCACAGAGGGCCCAGCUUUCAAGGACAGAAACUCACUCUGAACAGCAGCAAGUGUCAGGAAGUCGCUAAUUAUUAUCUGGGCUUCAACGGAUGGUCCAGUCACAUCAUUACUCUCCAGAAUAUUUCUGACAUGGAAGAUUUCGAUGACGAUGCCCAGCAAAUGACAACAGCACAGACAAAGUGUAUUAAAUACCUCUGCGUUAUGGAAAUACAAUUCACAAAACACAUGAUGUGCUGUCGAGGUGUUGGAUUGUCUGAGGAACUUGUGCAAGAUGGAACCGAUCCACUGAAUUACGUGCUGAAAGUGGGACGAGCUCAGAAAUCUGCUACACAGAAAGCUAUGUCAGAUGCAUUCCAGAAGAUACUCCUGGUAGUUCUUGGCAAUGGGAAGGUGUUUGUGCAACGGAGUUCGGAACUGGAGGAACUGGACAGCAUCAUAGAGGAGGAGCUUCACACCCAGUUGCAGGUGAACAGUGUGUCAUUGAGUCAGUCCGAGUGCGAAAAUCUAUCUGAUUUCAGUUUUGACACUGGAACUAUGGAAGGAAUUGAAAAAUAAAGAAACAAAACUGGAUUUUACAUUUUUACAUUGGAACCAACAACCUGCCAUUUACAAUUCCAUAACUACGUAUCAAUCAUCUUAAAUAGAUGUUAUUUUAUGAAAGCACCACCAUAAAUGAGCAUUUAUUUUAAAUCUAUAUUUCACCUGUUAAAAUGCCAUCACCACUUUGCUCAGACCUGCCAUCCCACAUUUCCUUUCCUCAGAUGCAAUAAAGACAUGAAUUAUGGGGAAGAUUAUUGGUUUGGGGCAUUUGUGGAUCAGCUGGUGGCUGGUCUGAAGCAUGAGUUCUGUUCUGUGUUUCUGAAGAUGCUUGAAGAUGACAACAGGAGAAGGGCAACUCAUGAGCAGGCCUGGAGAGGAAACACAAAAUGCCAAGUGUUCAUCAGCCUCAGAUUGGCAGUAGAGCCUAAUUUGCAAAAUUCACUGAAAGAUUUUAAAUCACAGAUACCUGUCUGUCUUGCUAGAGCUCUGCUCAUACAUCAAUCUAAAUUUCAACUGGAUUGCAGCCAAAGGAAGUGAUGAGAUUAGUGUCUGAGUUCAUUUUGAAAGACCUCCAGGUACUUCAGGAUCUACAAGUUCUACAUCCUUUGCAGAUUUGAAUUGAUAUUCCACUACAGAUAAAGUGCAUUUAUUUUCAUUUCAAAAUAGAGUUGUUUAAGUAGACAUACCCGUUCCUCCCAGAUGUAUUUUUACUUUGUAAUAUAAUUUUUGAUAAACGUAUAGUCUGGAAAAUAA